GUGGUGCAGUACGCACGUUUCGUGUCGCGCAUGCGUCUAGUGGGCUUCGCGCCUUUUUAUUUUAACAAAGAGUUUUUAUAUCAUUUUAAUUUAAAAACGUUUUAAUUUAAAAAUAGAAAAUGGUUAAAUGGCGCGAAAUGAAGCGAACUUCUUUAUAAUCGAUGUGCAUUUGUUUUUAUAAAAAAAUAAAGUGAAGAAAUAAAAUGUGGCUAUCUGUGGUAUUUUCUGUGAUAACUAAUUUCAGAGCUGUAAAUGUUACCAAGAUAGGAGGAUUUAUGGCGCUAAAUUUGUAUGCGGGUCUAGUUAUUUAUUUACUUAUCGUGCCAUCAGUAUUCAGCCAAUCAGAUAGGCCGACUCGCUUGACCUACGAACAAAUUUAUAAUAGCACAACUUAUGCGCAAAUUCGUCACGCUUCGAGACCUGUGCAUGCCAAAGUACAUGUGCAAAGGACCAAGAAUCUUCUCGUUGGAGUCACCCAUGACCCCUUUAGGUAUUCCGUGCCUGAGGCAGAUUAUCGCAAGGGUGUCAGGAUCAUCGAUACCCCACAAUCGUCAAACCGCACUGAUCGGGGUAAACGUGGUGUAUCUCAUCUAUACAAUAUGUUGACUUGUGCAACUGGAUGCAACCCUAUCGCUUAUAAGGGGUACGGCUGCUACUGCGGACUAGGAGGAUCUGGGAGACCUGCAGAUGGGAUUGACAACUGCUGCAGACUUCACGACCAAUGCUACGAAAACAUCCACUGCCCAUUCUACACAGUCUACUUCCAACCAUACUACUGGACAUGCUUCAACCACGAACCCUUAUGCGCCUUAGAAAACUUCCAUAACUCAUACAUAAAUGGCUGCGCAGGUCGACUCUGUGAGUGUGACCGACGUUUUGCAAUGUGUGUCCGACAGUACACGUGUCCAAUUGGCCGUCCACUCUGCAAAUCUUCACCGUUUCGGUUGCUCCAAAACAUUCUUAUCGUUCCUUAAGAAUAUCCAGAAUACGUAUUGGGACUGCAGUUUAUAUUUUUAUAAAAAUAAACCUUAAACACUUUAGUUAGUAGAAUGUUAUUAAAUUACUGAUUUGGAUCGUCAUUACACUGUCAUUAUAAAAAGUGCGAUGAGGCAAUGAGAACAAGAGAAACUGUAGUUGGUAGCACAGAAAACAAAAGAUGGCGUGGUGGUUCAAAAACUAGAUGAAUCUAUUGAAAGAAUCAUCGUCCGCAAAACUGUACUCGCAUCUAUUGUAUCAUAAGAGAGGUGCUGAGCAAAAACCGGUGAAAAUUAAUUGACACUUUGCUGGUCACGUCGCUUAGACAAGAGCUGCCGAUUAAAAAGAGAUAAAAUGUUAUGCCUGUGCAGAGAAGAACCGGCUCUGUCCAUACUUUAACUGUCAAUACAAAGACAUUCAAAAUUAAUACUCGAAUAUCUCUAAAGUUAAAGAGGAUGGUCCAACUCAGUCAUAAAGAUUAAUGUUAACUAAUAAACCGAACUAACUAAAAUCUUUCAUGCUGGUAUUCUUUAACUUCCAAAAGCGUUGCGAUGUGAUAUAACUAUAAUGAAAUCGGAUAGAGAACAGCGGAUCGCUGUCGCUAUUGGUAGUUUGUUUAAGCGUAGAUCUAGCUUGUUAAUCAAUAGUGAAAUUAUUAUAGUAAAUAGCUUAAUGGGGUAGGUUUUGGACGUAAAAAUUAUGCGUCGAUUGUAUGGACUCGCAGUUACAGAAUAUAUUUUGUGAUUCUAGUCUAGUUAAAGAUUUAAGUUAAAUUUUAAGCUUCAUUCAAAAGCACUGUACAAAAUAGAGUUAAGUUGUUACCAUUAAUUAACGAGAAUUUUAAUUAUAAGAAAUUUAUAUUAUUGAUGAUAAUGUAAUUUUAAAGGCUUUUUAAACGUAGAUUAACGUUAAUGGAGUAAAUGUUGCCAUUAUUGUAGUUUUAUAAUAAAAUCGCAAGUUUAAAAACAAUAUAUGGUCGUCUCUCAUACGAUUAUAUUGUACAAAUACUUUAACAUUAGUCUGUAAAUAAUUAUGU